AUGAACACCCCUCCAAUCGAAGUUUCUGACAAGAUGCAAAACAACACCACGGUUCAGUCUGUAGACGCUGUUGUUCAAACUGACGCAGUGUUGGUUUCAAAUGCUGCCCCAGUGACGUUAAUUAAUGCCGAAGAUUACGGAGCUUGGGAAGUAACUUGUGGGAGCCUCUAUCUAUUUGGAAGCCAAGUUUUAAGCUGGGAAGAAAACUUCAACUUUUGCUGCAGUUUGGGCAUGCUUCCGUUGACGGUGGAAGAUGACUGGAAACGUUCUUGUCUGCAAGAUUUCAUUGGCGGUGUGAAAUGGCCUCACAGCUCCAUGUAUUGGAGCACAGGCAAACGGCUGUCCGGAAACACUUUUACGUGGUACGACAAGCGCGUCACUUUCAGCCCGACUCUGUGGGAAGCCAACCAACCAGACAAUGUCAAUGGAACUGAAAACUGUGUCAUGCUGAGGAUUUUCAAGUUUGAAUUAAAUUCCGUGAAAUUAGAAGAUACGCACUGCGACAAACUGGCAGUUUCGGCUUGUGUGGGACCAACUACGCCGGCACCAAAAUGCUCUUUUCCAUUGUGUGCAAACAUUGACUGCAAGAAAAAUGAGACUUUUUUCACAAAUCUGGUUGAAAAUCCAGCUUAUUAUCUGACUGAGCCUAAAAAUCACGGAAUAUGGAUAGAGGUCAACUAUAGAACGUUUAUGUUUAGCUUUGAAAGUGACUUGCGGACGUUUGAAGAAGCUAAUCAGGCCUGUUGUGCACUCGACUUCAAGCUGCUUAGUCUCCACCAAGGAUACAAAUUCAGAUUUCUUUCGGCUGCUUUUAAAAAUCUUACAAUAAAAUCUGGCAAAUUUUGGACGUCAGGCAGUGAUUUUGGAUGCGAAGGAGUUUUUGGAUUUUGUUCCACGAACAGGACAUUGGUGACGAAUGAGACAAUCUGGCUGCCUAACCAACCGGACAACUUGAAGGGAAACGAACACUGCUUAGCAAUAAACGCGUUGAGCAAUUACGCGGCUGCUCUGAGUAAUGACAACUGUGACCUCAAACUGAGAUAUAUUUGCGAAGGAAGGGCAUCAACUCAGGCAAAAGCUCUGGAGCUGGAAUGCGCUGCAGCUUCCAAUCUCACAGAUGAUGAAAUUCCUAUGGCGUUUGCCAGCCCGAAUGGUAGCGACAGAUUUAAAUGUUUCAUCACUUGUUACGGAGAGAAUGCAAACCUUUACGGCAAUGGAAAAAUGGUUGACUCCCGGAUUUUGCCUUUUGUGCCAUACAUUUCUGAAGGAAAUGAUUCCUCCAUGAAGGAGUACUAUAGCACCAUGGACCAAUGCAAACAAGACAGUCGAAAAUUUAAGGGCUGCCUUCGAGUUGCCAAUUUUGUCUCUUGCAGUCAGGCAAAGUCACCAACCCUCACUGAAAAGAUGAUCAACGUAGUAGAAACAACAAUUUCGGAAAAAAAGGCAUGGCUACCACCUGUUUCAGAGUCACUUUGCCCCAACGCUUAUGAUAAAAUUAUGAAUGAGGACUACAGGGCUUUCUUUGAUUUAUAUUCAGCAGAGAGGGCAAAUUUGUUCUCUUACAGACUCGUAAUCUGCACUUCAUGCGGGAAAAAAUUUCUCCUUCUCUCAAUAGAAAAAGCACCGCCACUGACGACCCUGCGGCAGGCAAUGACCGAGUGUGCAAAGUGGGGACUGCGUCUCGUCACUAUUGACACACAAACAAAACUCGACUGCAUGAUCAACACAAACAUUCAGGUCGAUCUCAGUCUUCCAACCUAUCCGGAAAAGUUCUACGCGAUUGCCGCCAUCUUGAACAGACCCCUAAAGGCGAAGAACUGCUUUUCUGAUGUCCCAUUUGGCUUGGACAGCUGGAUUGCAAAUAACAUUUCGACCGCCACAGGACCAUUUGUCGUUGUAAAUUUUUCCAAAAAAUACGCCACCACUGUAGGUGGUUCGUUUAAACAUAUCAUUUGUGAAACGUUUUAACGCUAGACAAUAGCUGCAAAAGCACUUUGAUUUUAAAUUUAAUAAAAAUAACACUCACACAAUCUGCUAAACUUAAAUAUUUGCUUUUCCAUGUAAAACCAGCUAAGUUGAGGCAGAACACACAUUAUUAUAAAAUGCGACCAAUAUUUGUAUUUAAUUACACCAAGGAAACUAUGAAGUU